AUUAGCAUUAGAAAGAAGCCAGCACACCACCUGCCCUUGGGACACCCAUUAAAGAGCUAAAAAAAUGGCAUUGGUUCCUGACUUGAGUUCCAUUCCCAUGGAGGGCUACAGCGGCGACGAUGAAAUGUUUUACAGUGAUAGCCCAUCGGGAAUGAAGGACGACAUGGAAGAUGCUGCUCAGUGGCAGUCAAGCACCAGCCAUUGCUCCCUGGAUAUUCAUGUGCAGAUAACCCAUGGAAAAGGAUCCUUACACUCCUUCAGAAAAGCUGUCGUCCUUGUGGUUGCCGUGGAGAAACUGAAAAGGGGAAAAGAACGAUUUUUCGGGGAUGAGGAUUUAUUAGGCCUUCUGGAUAGCAUUUUUGUGGAAGAGGAAAUUGGUUUCAGCCAAGCCAAAGAAACUUACGCCUCCGCUUCCACAUACCGCUAUCAGAGGGCCACCACUUGCAGGAUUAAGGAUACUUCAAACAAAUGCUUUGUCAUGCAGAAGUUCCAUGAGAAUGCCCAGCUGGUGGCUUUGCAGUUACAAGGGGCUAACAUUCAAAGAGAGGAGAAGGUAAGCAUGGCUUUUUAUGCUACACAGCCGCAUCAGGGUGGAAGCAAAAGGCCCGUUGCUUUGGGACUCGCUGGAAAGAAUCUGUAUCUGUCUUGCAGAGCAACAGAAGAUGGCCAAGACUCUCCAAAGCUUUAUCUGGAGGAAAUAAGCAACAUCAAAGACGUGAAGGGUGAGGACUUAAACCGUUUCAUCUUCAUGAAGUCUCAGGAUGGCCUCAAUGAAACCUCCACGAACAGCUUUGAAUCGGUUGCAUUUCCAGGCUGGUACAUCAGCACUUCCCAAAGGGAAAAUGAGCUGGUGCAGAUGGUGCAUCAGAAGAACCAGGAAGCCAUCAAAGAUUUUAAUCUUUUCUCAGUUAUCUGAUUGUCUGUGUACAAUCCAACCAACUGCAUGUAUGUACUAAGUACAAAGCAGACCAAGGGGUGCUGGGAGAUAUCUGCCUUCCACUUUAUAUUGGUAUUUGAAUUCUAAUUCCUACUGAGGCAGACUCCUAAAGCAUAAAAUAGAGGGAAAUGGUUCAGAAAUCUCAUUGCAGCAUUUAUUUAAUCUUUGACUUUUAUAAAGUCAGAGUUUUUCUGUCUGAGAAUAUACAAGUAACCCCAUGAAGGGUUUUAACACUUUUAUUGUUUAUUGAUAUGACACCCAACUAUUCCAAUCAGGAUACUGGGAUACUGCUGACAUAAUGAGCAAAUAUGUAUAUUUUUAUUUAAUAUUUUUAUUAGUGAACUGUUAUUUAUUCUAUUUAAAUAUUAUAUAUUUAUUAUUAUAUGAGUGUGAAAUAAUAAUUGAUAUUACUAUACACAGUAGUAUUUUGAUUUGUGUUUCCCUCUGCGGAAUGUGAUGUAUUGGUAAUCUGAAUAAAAUAAUUCUGUUUCUAAAUAA